CUCUCUUGCUCGUUGUUGGGCCUGUUCCAGUGCCCACGUAACUUUGGACCUGCGAAAAAUGGCGCGAAGGCUACGGUGUUGUACCUGCAAGUGCUCCCACCGGUCUCCUUGACCGCGCCUCACCCGCCCAAGGCCAUCUGAGAAAAAAAAAGGACCCUCACAUCUGGUCGUACAUGACUCUUGUGGCCCGACACAGCCGAGUGCUUCCUCGACGUCUUUUCUUCUUUGUUUGUUCACAGCUGGUUUCCGUUUGCCCAAAAGGCUGGUCUCCAGAGCAUUUUGGCUGUGAGAGCGUGGCCCUUUAUCCUCCUUGUUACUCCCUUGUAAUAAUUCCGGUCCUUCGUUAAUACUUCUCCCAGCUCCCGCAUUGGCUUUUCUCACUUGCAACCUGCCCAGAGAAUUCCACACGCCUCCCUGCACGGUUGUCCGAGUUGUCUCUACCCUUGACCAUUUUCCCGGCAGCCGAUCUUCAUGGGCGUGCGAGAUCAGCCCUGCCAAUGACCUCCCAGCCUCUGUCGCUGGAUAAUGGCUUGCCAACUGUCGCCAAACGGCAACCGGUAGUCGUGCAAAUACAAGAGCUUGGCCUGUGCCUGUCAAGUAGGGGGAGAUGCGACGAAGUCACUCAUGGCGUCGUGGAAGUUUUGGGAAAGUCGGAAGAUGGUAUCAGGAAUGGUGCAAGAUCCAUGUUGGACGGACUGGGACUGAAAAGACCAUACCAUGAUAUUGGAUUGGGUCAGAAACGGACUUUGCGGCCCAAGCCGCGACGGAGGUCAUCGUCACUAGGGUCACUGGAUGGGAUCAAUAUGGGGCAUGACGACGACUUGGGUCGGAGCGACCAGCCUGCGAGCAUCUAUAAAACCAGAAGUUCCGACGCCGCGGGGCCUUUUAUGGCGCGGGUGGGAAGAGAGAGGCAUGAGGGAUUCCAUUACGAUCUGAACGGAGACCGUCCAACAUUCUUAGACGUUACUGCCGCUCCUAUCCACGUCCCAGGACCGUUAUCCACCCAUGGCUGGUACUACCCCUCUCAGUUUCUAGGACAAGUGCUCAACGGACCGUGUGGGAUUGUACCACCCCUUACGCCCCCGGAGGAUCUUGACUCUUUCAAAUGGGAGACUCCGUCACAAACAGGCUCUAGUGGAGGUGUUCACACCGCAUCCAACGUUGAAGGCGGUUCUGCAAACCAGAGACAAACCCAGCCUCGCACUAGUUCCACGUCCCGACCAUCAGAGAUACGAAUGCCAGAACCAUCGAACAUGGCGCGGGACGAACCAAGCAGAUCGAACUGGCUCGAACGAGCCUGCCACCAUCUUGUUUCUUCCUCCGGAGACUCAACCAGUCCACAACAGAUUCAAAUGGUUGUUCAGGCUCUACCAUCUCAACCAAGGUCGACCGAAACGAGGCCAAUCUACGACAGAGUGGUUGAAGAUGUCCAAAACCACUUCACCUCCCCACCCUACAUCACAAUCACGCACGCAUAUUUCCAAGCCAUCAGCAUGGACGAAGUUCCCGCCUCGCCUCCCGCGACACCCAACACCAACUAUCCGAGUGACGACUACUUCCAGGAUCACACCGUGUUCACACAUGCGGCCGUGGUUCCGGCGUACCACUCCCAGACAGCCACUUUCAGUGCAGUUGCCCCACGGCCCUCGAACAUCAUUGCAGCUCCAAGCAGUAUUCAGAUUUCGAUCUUGGAGCGGUACAUUCCGCCUACCACACCCCGGGAAGUCGAGGACUUUUUCACGUUGAGCAGACGAUCCUAUUUAGCCGACCGGCUGCUUGAAUUGUCCUCGAAUGACGGGUCGUUACUACUGAUCUACCCGACGAAGCAGGGCGGGCAAACAUUUGCGAACCGUUACAUCGGGCCAGUCAUCGAACCUUUUCUACGGCAGUUUAUCCUUUUGAAUAACCUCUACACCGACAUUGCGAUCCAACUAGGCCGCAUGGAAGCGGUCUCGAGUAUGAAGAGCUUCGAGGAGCUGCAAGCCCUACUGUCGGCAAUGUGCGAGGCUCUCAGUCAGAGAGCACCGUCACGGGGUCUGCCAAGUCGGUACCAGAUUAUUCACGCUGAAACGGCUGAGGUGGUACUAGACCGCGCCCUGUGGAAAGAGUGGUAUAUUGAGCAAGAGCAGCCUCGGUUACGACAAAACUUGGUGGAUUAUCACAAAAGUGGCGGUCGUAUGCCAGCUAGAAGCGGUCGGAUUGAAGUGACACCGGGCAUGCUUGCCAGAGAAGUGGUUGAUGGGAUCCGCCAGAGUCGGGAAACUGCAGGAAAUGUUGGUGUGGAGGUUGCAGUGUUUGUCGUUCGACGCACGACUGUCGUGUAAUACUCCUUUUUUUUCCGGCGACAAAGAGACUGCAUCAUUGACGGCGCGGCUGGCAACUGGGGAUACAGCAUGGCACUGUAAUUUGAUCAAGCAUGGUGUUGCGGGCUGACAACGAGGUUUUUCGGGUGGCGCAAUUUGGAGCCACAGGACAAUGAAUGAGCAACGAGAUACCCAGCCGACUGUGCGAUUCUAAUGAAGUUAAAGUCGAUGCACAUGAACAAAGACAUCCUCAUGGGUGCCGGUGGUCCCAUACAUACCUCCUCGUCUGUACAGAGUUGGGUCAACCGCAGUUUUCCCGAACUGGCACCCAUUGUCCUCUAUCAACACUGACGUCGACGGCGUCGUCCACCAGGCAUUAUCAAAAUUAGCACUGCUGGUGCGGCGAUAUGAGGAUGACGUGCGCCGUCAAGCGAGAUUGUAGAUGUUUCAGAAAUCUUAUCACGCUGUCCAGGAUUAGGAUAAGUAGCACAGGAGUUCUCGAUGGCUUCGAGAAACAGGACCAGCACCUACAAUUACAAGUAGGGAGGCGGCGAGCUAAGUUCAAC